AGCGGAUUGGCUAAAAGGGUCGCGCGUGUGACCCGCCUUGUUCUACCUGUCUCGCCAUGAGAGGCUGAAAGAUUCUUCCUGCUGUAUGGAACAGAACUGCCCUAUUCUUCCCCCUCCUAUCAGUGAAUACCGUGUGUCGAGUGGUACAAGCCGGUUAGCAUGCCGCUCAGACGCGGAAUCUACUGCAAAUAAAUCCAGAUUGUUCAAACACAACGCCAAAUACCUGCAGUUUGGAGCAAAGGCCUGGUUGCGCAGAAAUAUUGGCGCCGAGGAGGGAGCGAGUUGGUGGAAAGAGGGGUGCGUGGCGGUGGGAAGUGCUCUUCUAACCAAAUCCUCCAGAACAUGGCGGAGCACCACACCGCCUCCGACUGUAAGCACAAAGCGAGCUCCAACGCCGGAGGUUCGGUUUCGGGCAACGGACGGCCCAGCUCCCCGGCUGGAUGCGGCGGCAGCGGAGGAGGCCUUUCCGGGGGACUGACGCAGCCGGCGGGAUGGCAGUCUUUGCUGUCUUUCACCAUUCUCUUUCUGGCCUGGUUGGCGGGGUUCAGCUCGCGACUUUUCGCAGUUAUUCGCUUCGAGAGCAUCAUUCACGAGUUUGACCCAUGGUUCAACUACAGAUCGACUAAAUCAUUUUCCCAGGGAACAUACAUACUGGUAUAUCCUGGUCUGAUGGUGACGGCGGGACUGAUCCACUACAUACUGAAUCUGCUUCAUGUGACGGUGCACAUACGUGAUGUCUGCGUGUUUCUGGCCCCUGUUUUCAGCGGCUUGACCUCCAUUUCUACCUUCCUGUUGACACGGGAGCUGUGGAACCAGGGUGCCGGCCUGCUGGCAGCAUGUUUCAUUGCCAUCGUACCAGGCUACAUAUCACGCUCUGUGGCCGGUUCGUUUGACAAUGAGGGCAUUGCCAUUUUUGCCUUGCAAUUUACCUACUACUUAUGGGUGAAGUCGGUGAAAACUGGCUCGGUCUUCUGGGCCAUUGGCUGCUGCCUCUCGUACUUUUACAUGGUGUCUGCGUGGGGAGGAUAUGUCUUCAUCAUCAACCUGAUUCCUCUCCAUGUUUUUGUGCUGCUCCUUAUGCAGCGCUUCAGCAGGAGGCUGUACAUCGCCUACAGCACCUUUUAUAUAGUGGGCUUGGUGCUGUCCAUGCAGAUCCCUUUUGUUGGCUUCCAGCCCAUCAGGACGAGUGAGCACAUGGCUGCUGCAGGUGUGUUUGCACUGCUUCAGGCUUAUGCCUUUCUGCAGUAUCUGAAGGACAGACUGACCAGGCAGGAGUUCCAAACAUUGUUCUUUCUGGGCGUUUCUCUGGCUGCGGGGGUGGUUUUCCUUACUGUUAUUUACCUGACUUACACAGGGUACAUUGCUCCUUGGAGUGGGCGUUUUUACUCUCUCUGGGACACAGGAUAUGCGAAGAUCCACAUCCCCAUCAUCGCCUCUGUGUCAGAGCACCAGCCCACCACCUGGGUCUCCUUCUUCUUUGACCUGCACAUCCUGGUCUGCACCUUCCCAGCAGGCCUCUGGUUCUGCAUCAAGAACAUCAACGAUGAGCGAGUCUUUGUGGCUCUGUACGCCAUCAGCGCGGUGUACUUUGCUGGUGUGAUGGUGCGUCUGAUGCUGACGCUCACCCCAGUGGUGUGCAUGCUCUCAGCUAUCGCCUUCUCCAGUGUGUUUGAGCACUACCUGGGUGAUGACAUGAAGCGUGAGAACCCGCCGGCUGAGGACAGCAGUGAUGAGGACGACAAGAGGAAUCAGGGGAAUCUCUAUGAUAAGGCCGGCAAAGUCCGAAAGCAUGUGUCAGAACAGGACCGCCCAGAGGAGGGUUUGGGCAUUUUUUUUUUUACCUGCGAUUACUUCACACCGCAGGGGGAGUUUCGAGUGGAUAAGGCCGGCUCUCCAACCCUGCUCAACUGCCUGAUGUACAAGAUGUCUUACUACCGCUUUGGCGAAAUGCAACUGGACUUCCGCACACCACCUGGAUUUGACCGGACACGAAAUGCAGAGAUUGGCAACAAGGACAUCCGUCUGAAGCACCUGGAGGAGGCGUUCACCUCCGAGCACUGGCUGGUGCGCAUCUACAGGGUGAAGAAGCAGGAGAACCGACAGGCUCUGGACCACAAGCUCCGCAACAUCGCAGCCAAGCAGAAGUACACCUCAAAAAAGACAGCCAAGAGGAAGAGGGGAUACAUCAAAAACAAAUUGGUUCUGAAAAAAGGCAAGAAACUGAACAAGAAGUCUGUUUAGCUAUUGAAUGAAAACGUUGAGAAUGGAAAAAGAGGAAAACAAAAGACAAGGACAAAUGCAACUAGUAAUAAUCCACCAAUCAAAAAGAACAAACAUGUUGUCUGGCGCCACCCACCUGAGAACAUUUGAUUGGAGGCUUUUGGUCCCAUGAUUGCCAUGAUGACACGGAGGUUCCAUGAUGGGUUCGAGGAUGGGGAUCUGCACAGCGGUUUUAAUCGGACAUCUCUGGACUUAGUUUUGUUCUUGUGUUCUCUUUUUUUUCUUUUCUUCUUUUUUUUUUCUUUUGUACUUGAAUGUGCUGGUGAAGCGAGCACUGCCGGUGUCUCAAACGGCACGCACUGUUUGUGGUACAGUUUAAUAUAAUCCAACCGAAUGCUAAAACAACCAACAAAUAUGAAUUUCAUGAAGCUCAGUGAACCUUGGAGCACCAAAGAGAUUUUUCAUUUUGUCAGAGCCUGUAAUAAAUUAACUUUUGAUUAAAAAACAAUUUAAAAAUAAAAGAUAUGGGAAAAUCUGAGGAAUGUGGAGCCAUCUACAGUGCGACAGCCCCUAAAAUGCUCUCUUGGUUUUAACUGUUAUCUGACGAACCCGGUUUUCUAUGUGACAGAAUGCAGUGGACUCUUUGUGGCUCAGAGUUUUUUUCUAAGGCAGACAUUGCAAAGGACUCGAUUAUUAGUAAUGUUUAACUCUUGUGGUGAUUUUGAAUAUAAAUAAUUGUUUGUUACAUCAUUUUGAAUGUUUUUGUUUAGUUUUUCUAUUGGUUGUAAGAUUUUAUGCAAUAAUUCUACAUUCAAAUGAAGAAAAAUCCGCUUUUAUUUCUUAUGUUGCGCAUGUGUUUUGUCCAGAGGGGGCGCUGUUGUUUGGCAUCUCUGCGCACAAGUUUGCGGAAAAACAUGCUUAUUGGGCCAAUUAGAAAUAAAAAAAAUGUCCCCCCUUCCUAAACAACCGUCUGCCAGGACAAAGCGUGAAUUUAAUUAGUUGUAGGUUUAUAAAAUGCUGCAUUACUAGCCUUAAUGCACUUUGUCUUAGUUCACCUUAAUGUGGAUCCACUACUGAGUAGCAUGCAGGUGGAGAGUGCGUAUUUUUAGUGUGAAUAUUCACUUUUCUUUUUUUUUACGUUGAAAAGGGCGCUUCCUGCAACAUCCAGUAGGUUUUCUUUUCCUCAGUUCGUCUGGGCUGCCAUUUAAACUUUUCCCUCUUUGUUUGUUUUCUGCCUUUCUGCUUUUCAACCUUACGUAUUGCUUUUGCUUCAUCUGUUUUUGUAAGAUAAUUAGAAGGAAAAUUUGAUCGGUUUUUCCCCUCUUCUCCAUAACCUAUCCAUAUUAUUCUGCUCUGAAGCUUAGGGGAAGGUAUUUAUUAACAACAAUGCAUUUGAAGUUGAGAAGAGGAAGCCUUUCAUCCUGAAAUGCAAAAACUAUAUUUUCCGUUUCAUUUUCAAGUUAAAAUUUAUUCCAUAAAUUGUAAAAUUAAAAAAUAUUAAAAAAAAAAAAAGAGGAAGAGAAAGGCAAAUAUGCUGUUUGUGAGAAUGAGUUGAUGCCAUUUGUGAAUAAAAGACUCGAUGAAAGAAUCGGCCUUAUCCAU